AUGGCUUCCUUCCGCGACAAGCAGUGGAGCAACAUGUGCAAGAAGGGCGACCUCACAGAGGUUCUCCUUAACAAGGAGUCGAUGGAUGAAGUUCGGCGCAUGUGCAAGGUGUUGGCACCCUUCUUCGCCAUGUACGACGCCAACGGCGACAAUGCCAUAGACUUCGAGGAGUUCCGCAUGAUCUUCAAGGAAGCGCAUGAGAACAGCGAUCAUGAUGUUGGCAGCUUGGUUGCAGACAAUCUUUUCGGACCAGCGCUUGCAGAGUCCCCGUUGCAGGCGAAUAGUCGAGAGUACGAGAGGAAGCUCACAGAACGUGGGGCGGGAGGGACGGGCGGGGGUGAGAACCUCUCCCGGGAAGCGCAGUACGCAAUGUUCGACGCAGCAGACACGGCACCGACCUCGGUCCCAAGCUGCGUCAUCGCUGGAUCUCCUGGUCGCUCUAAGCCACGGCCACGCUCUGGAGACAAUUGCAAUGCGGAUAACAAGAGCAGCGACAUCAGCUUCGAGGUUGCGGGUGGCUACCAUGGACCUGUGCCGAGUCGAUAUGAGGAGGAGGAGGUGGGGUCACUGAAGUGGCUACUGAAGGAGGCUGAGGUGACUUGGUACGAGCACGAGCCGGCACAUCAGCGCACCAGAGAGGCGGUAAAGAAAGAGGAGCUUGACGGCUGCAUGCAGGAAUACAUGGUCCAGCAGCGCUUCUCCGAGCGCGUCAGUCUCCGGAGGCGUGUGGAGGUGAUCCACAAGGGUGGAUCUCCGGAAAUCCAGGAAUCCUGUGCAGCCCUGGCGAGGGGCUGCUGUGCUCUGCCGCUGCUAACCUGCGCUGCUGGCGUACGGGCUGUCGCGGAGCCGAUACGAACGUGCUGGGCCGAAGGCGUCCAGCAGUGCAGUCGGAUGGCCGAGGCACAAGCCGGACCAGAGGCUCAGUCGGAGAGGCUUUACUUCUCCCCAGCGCACGGAGUCCAAGGUGUGGAAAUGAACUUGACACACAUCUCGUCAAAGCUAGCAGGCCGGAGAACGAAUCAUAAAGUGCAGGAGUUCGUGGCCUGCCUCAUGUCCUUCGCCCUGGAUCCGAACACCGACCUCCAGGAGACAAAGAAGCCAAAGUACGCCGUCAAUCCCAACAAGUAUUUGGAGGACGGCGAGGGCAGCGCUGAGGGCGAAGAUGACGAAGAGGAGGAUGUUCCAGAGGACCUAGCCGACCUGGAGCCAGAAGAGCAGCAGAAGCGGAUUAAGACCCGCGCUGCUUAUCAGAUGGCGCUCGGGACGCUUCUGGUCCUUGUGUUCUCUGACCCAAUGGUUGAUCUGCUUGCCGAACUAGGAAAACGGCUAGAUGUGUCUGCCUUCUAUAUCUCAUUUGUGCUGGCGCCUCUAGCGUCAAACGCAAGCGAGCUGGUGGCAGCGUACAACUAUGCCAAAAAGAGGACGUGCAAGUCCAUCACCACCUCUCUGAGCACCCUCGAGGGGGCGGCCAUCAUGAACAACACCUUUUGCCUUGGCAUCUUCCUGGGCCUGGUGUGGCCCUGCUGCAAGAAGGCUCAGGGCAUGAUGUGUGCAUUUGGUAGCAUGCUUGGUGCAGCCAGAGAUGCAGCUGCCCAGGCAUGGGAGUUCUCAGCCGAGACCACCUCCAUCCUUUUGAUCGAGGCUUCCGCAGUCUGCGACAUGUAG